AUGAUAUUAAUGUUAGAAGAUCUGCCCAAUGAAUUACUUCUGUUUAUUUUCAAUCAUUUAUCAAUUAUUGACAUUCUUUGCUGUUUUUAUUGUCUCAACCGUCGGUUUUCAUCACUUAUUCAAACAAUAAAACAUCUUCAUAUUGAUUUUUCUUGUCAACCAUUGAGUAAAACUCAAUUUAUUUAUAUUAUUAAUCAACUUCAUACACUAAAUAUUAAAUCAAUACAAAUAUCAAAUCGUUAUUAUAUUGAUGCUAUACCAAUUUUUAUUUCAUAUAUUCUACGUACUAAACUCACUCAUCUUCGAUCAUUUACACUUAUUGAUGCUGAUCAAAAUACUAUCGUAAAACUUACGCAUAGCUAUCCAAAAUUAACAACACUUUCUAUAGAAUCAUUAUUGUGGCGAUCAAUGCCACGUCGUUUACUUCCUUAUUUUUCAAAUUUAACACAUUGUCGAUUAUCAACACUUGACUUACUCAAUGGUUGUCAUACAAAUAUAAUUAAUCUUACAUUAGAUCAUUGUACAACAGAUAAUCUUAUACAAUUAAAUACUUACGUUCCUAAUCUACGUUCUCUUACAUUAAUAUUAAAUAAUUGCAUAAAUAUUCCUGCUACAAUUAAUUUUCCUAUUCAUUUAGUUUCUCUUAAACUUAUAUUACGAUCAGUAUUAUUUAAUGAAUUUGAACGAUUAAUUAUGAUGAUAAAAUAUAUUAAAAAUUUAACUGUAUCAUUUAGUAAUACAGAACAUGAAGUUCAUUGUUUUGAUCAAUAUUUAUCUGGUGAAAGUUGGUUUGCGAUUAAUAAAUAUGUUGAUAAUCUUCAAUUUAAUAUUAUUGUUAAUCAAACAUUUGAAAUAUUUUUUAUUUCAAAUCUUAUUUCAAAUUUUAAUUGGUUUCAAAGAAAAAUAAUUUGUCAAACAAUUGAUAAUACAAAUGGUUAUCAUCUAUUUACAUUACCAUUUAUUGACGAAAUUUAUACUAUAAAUACAAAUAAUUUUCAACAUAUUAUGAUUAAUAGAAAUGAUUUUAAUCGUGUACAUCAUCUUCAUUUAACUAUUCCAAAUAAUGAUAUUCAAUAUUCCAAGAAUAUUGAAUCAAAUUGUAUUUAUCCAAAUUUACAAACAUUGACUAUAAUUGCUCAUUAUAUUAAUGAUACUAUGAUAUCUUUUAUUAAUAACCUUAUGAUAAACAGUUAUAUUCGAACGUUAGAACUUCGUUUUACAUCAACAAUAAAUAGUUGUCAUGAAUUUUUUGAUAAACUUAUUUUUUAUCUACCAUUAUCCAUUCAUACAUUAAUACUUAGUACAACAUGUACAAAUUUUUUUUCAAAUUUAUUGGAGAAUAGUAAUCAUUUACUUCCAAAUAUUAAACGACUGAUAUGUUCAGUCAAAAAUCAAGAUCAUUUUGAUACAUUAAUAUUACUUUUAUUAGAAGUAUUUCAGCGAAAAUCAUUGGUCUAUUUAAAUAUUUCAUUAGAAAAUUCAAGUAAAUCAUCAAAUUUAUUAUCUGGCUGGUUACUUAAAACAAAUUAUUUGAAAAAAGCAACAAUGAAAUGUUCGGAUCGACAGUGCACUAUUUGGUUUUAA